GGAUUCCUCAAUCCGCCGCCCCCGCCGCCGCGAUGAUGCAGCACAUGCCGUCGCCGGCGAGGCUAGGCGUGACAGCCUCGUCGCCGUCGCUCCCGCCCAACCAGUCUCCCGCAAACCCCACCUCGUCGCCGCCGCAGGCCAACCCGCCGUCCGCGAGCGCGGCGGCGGCUGCAGCCGGAGCCGGAGCCGCGGUCCCAACCCUAACCACCUCGCCGGCGCUGCUCCCGCUCCUGCCGCCGCUCCCGCGCGCGCAGUCGCUGCUCCACCUCAUCUCCUCCCUCGCCUCCAACCUCUUCGAGCUCUCGCCCAACCGCGCCGCCUGGAUCUCGUCGUACAGGGGCUCCCUCCCCAACUUCCUCGCGUCGUCGUCGGCUUCCGCGGCGCCUACGCCGCUGCCGGCCCCCGUCUCCACCACCAAGGAGGCGAUGUCGAUGCUCACCUCCCUCCAGACGCAGCUCUUCGAGACCGUCGCCGAGCUGCAGGAGACCCUCGACCUGCAGGACGCGCGCGCCAAGCUCGCUCGCGAGGCGCGCGCCAAGGAUGCUUCGCUGCUCGCCUUCGCGAAGAAGCUGCGUGAGGCCCACCACGUGCUUGACCGCCUCGUCGACGACUACGCCGACUACCGCCGCGAUCCCAAGCGCCCGCGUGGCGCAGCGGCUGUCGACGAGCCCGAGCCGGUGUCGCAGGGCGACUUCGGCGCGUCCCUCCACUCCAAGCUCAAGCUGGACGACAUCUUGACCUAUGCGCAUCGCAUAAGCUACACGACUUUUGCGCCGCCGGAGCAUGGUGCUGGGCUGCCUCUGAGGGGUGCAUUGCCGCCUGCGCCACAGGAUAACGAGCUGCGGAUGUCGCAGCUGUAUCAGUUUGCUGAUUUGGAUGUUGGGGUGCCCAAGAAACCCCUGGAAACCAAGGAGGGGCUCACAGCAGAGAUGGAGUCCAUGCCGCUGUUCGAGCUACCGGAGGAAGAGCCUCCGCGGCCAUCUAUGCUACCAAUCACGGUGCCACCAGGGUGGCAGAAAGGUUUGCCUGCUCUGCUUCCUGCUUUUCCAAUGCCACCACCUGGAUGGAAGCCUGGGGACCCGAUCGAGCUGGGUGGCAUCAUUCCUGCUGUCAAGCCUGAUGAACAACGACCCAGUGUACCAAUUCCUGUUGGGGUGCAACCAAUGGUGCCAAGGGCCCAAGAGCCAAUACAGGUCGCGGCUGUGAACCUUGAAAUCAGUUCUAGCAGCGAUGAGUACAGUAGCGACGUCGGGAGCUCAGAUGAAGACGAUGAGGACUAAUGCUUUUGUAAGCUCGACCAUUUCGUCAUUUGUGUGUUUCCAUAUCCAGUGUAGCUCAUUUUAGUGUAAGCUUUGGCUAGUAUUAUGUCAUGUGCUUGUCUGUUCAAACUACUGCAAACACAAAAUCUAUUCGAUAAUAGAUUUGACUUAAAUUUGUGCUGGUUUA